CGCAAGCACUGCCUGCAGCCAGUCCCUCGCUCCUCCGCCCCGGCCCGGCCCCUGGCAGCCGUCCUGGCUCGGCCUCUCGGUUUACAUGCUGCGGCACAUGCGCUCGCUUGCUCCUUCGUCUCCUUCACGGAGCCGCCACACGUGUUUCCUUGCACGAUGCGCUCGGCCCCCUCAGCAGCUGGAACGCCGGCGAACAUUGGCUACUCGCGAAUCGCUGGGGAAGCAGCUGCCGUGAUCCGAGUUCGAGCCGGAUCGUGCUGAGCAGGGGCAUUGCUAGGCCUGGCCUCAGGGAACACGGCCUCAGAUCGGAUCCCCAGCGCCACUGGGUUCGACAGAAGCGCUCAGGUUAAGCACCUCGCGUGGAGGGGAAAGCGGUUCCAGCUGGUUGGGGAAAGGAGCUCUGGCGGAGCUGAAGCAGUGCCCUGAGAUGCCGCACUUCGAGUUGAAAUCGGGCAAGAAGCGCCCGAAAGAGGAAGAAAGGCACCUCCGAGCGAACGACCGGGCCUUCAACCUGCAGUUUGAUUACGCGCAAAACGCCAUUAAGACGUCCAAGUACAACUUCUUCACCUUCCUGCCGCUCAACUUGUUCGAGCAGUUCCAGCGGGUCGCCAAUGCCUACUUCCUUUGCCUGCUCAUCCUGCAGCUCAUCCCUGCGAUCUCCUCCCUCUCCUGGUUCACCACGGUGGUGCCGCUGGUCCUGGUGCUCGCCGUGUCGGCCGCGAAGGACGCCAUCGAUGAUGUUAAUCGACACGCGAAUGACAAGCAGGUCAACAACCGCCCCGUCAAGGUGCUGGUGGACGGCAGUCUGAAGACGGACCGCUGGCGGAGCAUCCAGGUGGGGGACAUCAUCAAGCUGGAGAACAACAACUUCGUGACGGCGGACUUGCUCCUGCUGUCCAGCAGCGAACCCCACAGCCUGACCUACAUCGAGACCAUGGAGCUGGAUGGGGAGACCAACCUGAAGGUGAAGCAGGCGCUGACGGUCACGGCCGAGAUGGGAGAGGACCUGCAGGCGCUCAGCCAGUUCGACGGCGAGGUCCGCUGCGAGGCACCGAACAACAGGCUGGACCGAUUCACCGGGACCCUGGUCUUUAAGAGGAAGAAAUACGCCCUGGACAACGAGAAGAUACUGCUCAGGGGCUGCACGAUCCGCAACACGGACUGGUGCUUCGGGCUGGUCAUCUUCGCCGGGCCAGACACCAAGUUGAUGCAGAACAGCGGAAGGACGGCUUUCAAAAGGACGAGCAUUGAGCGCCUGAUGAACUUCCUGGUGCUCAUGAUCUUUGUGCUCCUGACCGUCCUGUGCCUGGUCCUGGCCAUCGGGAACGGCCUCUGGGAGAACCGCACGGGGCGCGCCUUCCAGGUGUACCUGCCCUGGGCGAGGGACACCCCCUCCGCCGCCUUCUCCGCGUUCCUCAUGUUCUGGUCGUACGUCAUCAUCCUCAACACGGUGGUGCCCAUCUCGCUCUACGUCAGUGUGGAGAUCAUCCGCCUGGGCAACAGCUUCUACAUCAACUGGGACCGCAAGAUGUACCACGCGGCGAGGGACAUGCCGGCCCAGGCGCGCACCACCACCCUCAACGAGGAGCUGGGGCAGAUCAAGUACGUCUUCUCGGACAAGACGGGCACGCUCACCCAGAACAUCAUGACCUUCAACAAGUGCUCCAUCGGCGGGAAGCUCUACGGGGAGGCCUUCGAUGCGGAGGGGAACCGGGUGGAGAGCACGGAGAAAACCGAGAAGGUGGAUUUCUCGUCCAACCCGCUGGCCGACCCAAAGUUUGUGUUCCACGACCACAGCCUGCUCAGGGCGGUGCAGGCGGCUGAGGCGCCGGCCCACCGCUUCUUCCUCCUCCUCUCGCUCUGCCACACGGUGAUGCCGGAGGAGAAGCAGGAAGGUGUGCUGGUGUACCAGGCCCAGUCUCCCGACGAGGGCGCCCUGGUGACGGCUGCCCGCAACUUCGGCUUCGUGUUCCGUGCCCGGACGCCGGAGACCAUCACCGUGGUGGAGCUGGGCGAGACGCUGGUGUACGAGCUGCUCGCCAUCCUGGACUUCAGCAACGUGCGCAAGAGGAUGUCCGUCAUCGUGCGCAGCCCCCGGGGGGAACUGGCGCUCUACUGCAAGGGGGCUGACACGGUCCUGUUCGAGCUCCUGCACCCCUCCUGCGGACCCCUUCGCGAGGAGACCACCCGCCACCUGGAGGAGUUCGCCGGGGAAGGGCUGCGGACGCUGGUGGCCGCCUACAAGCACCUGGAGGAGGACUACUUCGCGGCCUGGCAGCGGCGCCACCGGGAGGCGAGCGUGGCCCUGGAGGAGCGCGAGGAGAAGCUCUCCGCCCUGUACGAGGAGGUCGAGAGGGACCUGAUGCUGCUCGGCGCCACGGCCAUCGAGGACAAGCUGCAGGACGGCGUUCCACAGACCAUCGAGAUUCUGGGAAGAGCCGAGAUUAAAAUCUGGGUGCUCACGGGGGACAAACAAGAGACAGCGGUCAACAUUGGCUACUCCUGCAACAUGCUGUCCGACGCCAUGGAGGACAUCUUCAUCAUCGAGGGGCGCACCUCACAGGAGGUGCGGCAAGAGCUCCGGGAGGCGAGGCAGAAAAUGGUGCCGUCGGCGGCCUUCGUGGGCGACAGCCCGGCGGACAGCCUGGCCCAGCAGCCCGGCGGCAGCAAGGUCUUGCCGGAGGAACAGCCCAAUGGGGAGUACGGCCUGGUGAUCAACGGGCACAGCCUGGCGCUCGCGCUGGAGGGGGCCCUGGAGGAGGAGCUGCUCCGGACGGCCUGCCUGUGCCGGGUGGUGAUCUGCUGCCGGGUGACGCCCCUGCAGAAGGCGCAGGUGGUGGAGCUGGUGAAGCGGCGCAAGGAGGCCGUGACGCUGGCCAUCGGGGACGGCGCCAACGACGUCAGCAUGAUCAAGGCGGCCCACAUCGGCGUCGGCAUCGGCGGCCAGGAGGGCAUGCAGGCGGUGCUGGCCAGCGACUUCUGCUUCGCCCAGUUCCGCUACCUGCAGCGGCUGCUGCUGGUCCACGGCCGCUGGUCCUACCUGCGCAUGUGCAAGUUCCUGGCCUACUUCUUCUACAAGAACUUCACCUUCACGCUGGUGCACUUCUGGUACGGCUUCUUCUCCGGCUUCUCCGCGCAGACGGUGUAUGACGAGUGGUUCAUCACCUUGUACAACAUGAUGUACACCUCCCUGCCCGUGCUGGCCAUGAGCCUCUUCGACCAGGACGUGGACGACCGCUGGAGCCUGCAGUUCCCGCAGCUGUACGUGCCCGGCCAGCAGAACCGCCACUUCAACCGGCGGGCGUUCCUGGCCUGCCUGCUGCACAGCGUCUACAGCUCCCUGGUGCUCUUCUUCGUGCCCUACGGGGCCGUCUCCGACAGCGCGCGCAGCGACGGGAGGGCCAUCGCGGACUACCAGUCCUUCGCCCUCACGGCCCAGACCUGCCUGCUCGUUGUGGUCUCCGUCCAGAUUGGCCUGGACACGGCCUACUGGACCGCCGUGAACCAGCUGUUCGUCUGGGGCAGCCUGGCCACCUACUUCGUCAUCACCUUCGCCAUGUACAGUGACAGCACCUACCGGAUCCUCACCACAGCCUUCCCUUUCGUCGGCGCGGCGCGGAACACCCUGAACCAGCUCAGCAUGUGGCUGUCCGUGGCCCUCUGCGUGGCCCUCUGCGUGCUGCCCAUCGUCGGCCUCCGGUUCCUGAAGACGCAGCUCGCGCCCACCCUCAGCGACAAGGUCCGGCACAAGGUGCACGCGGCCCGGAGGGUGCCCCCGCCACCCUCCCCCAAGCAGCUGCAGCUGCAGCGCCGAGCCUCCCGCCGCUCCGGCUACGCCUUCUCCCACCAGCACGGCUUCGGGGCGCUCAUCACCUCAGGGCGGAACAUGCGGCCCAAGUCCCCUUUCGCCGCGUCGGGGUCUUUCUCGCCCAGCAGUGAGAAAUACACGCCCAAGUGACGAGGGACCGAGGGACGGACGGACGGAUGGACAGACGGCGGUGGGGGCGGCUGGAGAAGCUUCGCUUGCCACUGGGCCCGCUGCACCUGGAGAGUUUCAGCCUGGGGCGCCCGGACCUGGGGGAGGAGGGCUGGACCUGCGGUCCACAUUUGGCCGGGGAGGGCCUCUCCUCAAGUACCCCCUCCGCUCGGCUCCCCUGCCCUCACCCCCACCCUGGCACGGCACGGCACGGCAGAGGGACGUGGCAGGGCCGCGCUCAUGCCCUUCCCCAGCCCAGGGGCCCUGUGGUGAGGGCGGUGAGCCAGGCCUGCCCGCUGCGGUCGGCCCAAGUGGGGCAGCCUCCGUGACGCCGAGGAAGGUGGGGCAAGGCUGGGCAGAGGGGCCUUCCCCAGGGAGCCCCGGGCGCUCUGCUGCAGCUCGGGAGGACGCCUGGAGACGGCGCGGCACAAGCUCAGCAAGGCUGGAGCACUGGGACAGAAAACUGACCGGCGGCCAUCCCGAGCAGUGCCUUGCGCCGACCCGCACGGCUUCCGUCCGUCGUCCUUUCUGCAGCCGCUUCAAUAAACGGCCCGGGAAGGCACAGGGCUGCGGCCCCUCUGUGCGCGAACCGCCUGUCGCCCCCAGCGGCGCCUGCGCAGAACACGGGGCAAGGGCGGCCCCGGGAGCAAGGGGCGGGCGGGCGCACCGGGACGGCCCAAGUGCCAGGCCUCUGCCCGCCGGAGGGAGGGGGCCGGUGGCCCCUGAGCCCGGAGGAGCAGAGGCUGCCUGCCCUGCCCCAGGAAGCGUCUGUCUGGGGGCACGGGAUGGGCCCUAUGGGGCGGGUGGGGCUGAGCUGAUCGCUGUGCCAGCACUGCCAGCUGUGGGAAGGGGCACGGGGUUUGAGGCAGGCACGGGGUGCAGUCCACGGCUCCGGCCCCAGGGAAAACGGUCCGCGGUGGCAUGGGGUGCAGCUCGAGGUGGCUGCCACGCUCCAGCUCGAGGUGGGCAAGCUCGCUGCCCCCUGCCUGCUCCCGGGGCAGAGCUGCCCCCUCCCAAACCGGCUUGCCAAGGAUCUCCUCCGCUUUUCCUCGGCCUUUGGGCGCAGGUGCAGGAGCGGGGAGCAGUGCCGGCACCUGGCGGAGAGCCGCAAGGGUGAGGGUUAGGCAGAAUAAAAGGUGUCGCCCCCAUUGCACAGUGUUUCAAGAGGAAAAGUAAUUGCAGGCCUAUAGGGCUCGCACUUGCAUAACGGGAAAGGCCCCCUUCCUUUGCAGCAGCGUCGCUGGCAGCUCCUCCCAAGGAGACUGCGGAUCUGGGAGCCGCGUGUGCCUGUAAAAGCAGGAGCACGUCCAGCCCAUCUGGCACAGGCCACGGACCUUCCGCAUUCUGGGGGCCCGGACCCUGCCCCGAGGAUGACGGUGGCGCCGCUGGGCAGUUUGGCCUUGAUGAAAGGGGCCGUGCGAGCUGAGGGCUCGCUCCCCGCCUAGCCUCUCCGUUGUGUUCCCCAUCAACCGGCCACGGGAGCGAGUCCUGGCGUCUCCAAGGAACGCGGGCUCCCGAGCUCAGAGCGAAGACCCGUCUCUGCACGAAGGCGGAGGACGGCAGGUGGGGUGCCGCUCUGGAGAUCCGGGGGACGUGUCCACGUGGGCAGACCACCGCCCAGCCUCGCAGCCCAGGUGGCGUGCGCUUGAGUUGGCUCCUGGAGCCGCCCAUUCCCCAAGCCCAGCUCUUCAAGCACGGGGGUGCGGGGUGUUCCUCAGCCGUGGUCCUCUGCAUUUUGGUCUGCUGGGGGGUCCCCAUUUCCGAAUGCUGCUCCAUGUUACUAAUGCAAGUGGUGGGAAUGCGGCGUCCACUGCCAAAGGCCAGGCAGGCCCGCAGUGUGGCUGGUCCUCCGCCUGCACCUCGAGGGCGAGCGGGCCCGGGGCCCAGGGCCAGCCUUGCCUUCUGGGCUCAGCCUUCCAGCGCCCCCGCGAGCGGGGCCUGGAGCUGACCCGCAGCCCCACUGCUGGCCCAACGGGGUCCUGCCGGCCGGGCAGUGGCACCGGAGCGCUGCAGCGAAGAGAGGGGCGAUGCCCGGGGCCCUCCCACGGUGACAGCCGUGCCUCUUGCCUGGGGCGAGGUGGCCGCUUCUGGGUAGCCUCGCUCUGCUCUGCUGCAUCUUUUCCGUUGUGGUUUUAACUUCCUUCGCGGAGACGCACUGCCUCUUACUCGGGUGGUUAUUGUUUAGCCGUAGGCCAUCACAAUUUUGGAAAUACUGUUACAGAUACCUUAUAAUAAAAUUCAUAACAGAA